AUGACCUGCCAAACGUCUCUUCUCGAUUUCCCAAGAGAAGUCCAUCUUGCCCUAAUCUCCUUUCUAGCUGCAACUGACUGCGCAGCCCUUGGACAAACCCACCCAAUCCUGCGCCAACCUUACUCUCAAGCUUCCUUCCGUCACUGCUCUUUAUCCCUCGCAAAAACUCUCUUCAAUCCUUCCGAACGUCCAAUCCCAUUAUCUGUUUUCUUUGCACCCUCUCGUCACUCCUCUUGGUUUCCAUCGCAUUCUGUUCUCUCUGCUAAUUUACUCUUCCGUAAAGCUGGUGCUGAAACUGAUGCCCUUCUAGCUGCCCUUUCACAUGAAUCUUUUACAAAAUCUUACCCAAACCUUCGAAAAAUCAAAUGGCGCAUCUUUAUAGGGAAAUCAGACCGAUUUGCUCAAUCAUUAACACCAAUCCUUUUACCCAAAUCACCUCAAUCAUCACCAUACUCCUCUAAUCUCAUUAUACAUUCCCCAUCUGUCCUAGCAAGUCUAGCCGAAAAUAACUAUGCUCAAACAAUCUCCUCCUUAGAGUUCAACCUCCUCACUCCACUCUCUGCAACAGACAUGGCUGCCUUCCAAACAACUCAUAUCCCACAAACUUUCCCCAACAUAAACACUCUCAUCUUCAAGUGCCCUCAUACCCUUGUCACAGAAUCAACUUAUAUCACUCUUGUCACUAACAUUUCAAACUUUCUCCCUCACCUGAAAGCACUCACUCUCACAAACGGCUACUUUUCUAGAGCAUUCUUCGAGGCUCUUGCUACCCUCCCACAAGAUAUCCCCUUUUUUAAACUUUCAUUCCGCAACUACGAUACAGUCGCAGAUGAUGCCCUGCUACUGCUGGACGGUGCAGGUGCUCAAGGCUUGGAUCACCCUGUUGGAUCUCUCAUUUUUUUCGAUCUACAGCUCCCACAAAUUACCCACCUUUGUGAAAACUCAGGGCCUUACUUUCUCCGCUAUCCAAUCCUCCUCCAAUCUUUAGCUUUCCCACGCCUCCGUUCAAUGCAUAUGCUUGAAAGUGACAUUUCUUGUUUCUCUCUGCUAAUAAACAACCCCAAAGUCCCCAUCUUUGCCCACGUAUCUUUCAUCGACAUCCAAGUCAACAACUAUGACACUUCUUGUCUUCUUGUCUCUGUUCUUCAAUGCUGCCCGCAUCUUGAAAGACUCCGCUUAUUACGUGCUAUUUCCCCCAGCCACUUUGCAUUUGCAAAUGUCUUUGAAAACACCUCCUUCAAUGCAGGAAAAAUCUCUCCACCCCAGUCUAAAACAACAAUCUCAGAAAUAUUAACCUUCAUUCGCCUCAACUUUCUAGAAGAUAUCCUUGAUCUCGACCAGUCAAAGUACAACAAUUACGCAGCAAUGACCCCAGCAUCUAAAUCUGCCUAUUACCAGAAAAAGGCCCACCUCGAAGCUAAAAUUAAAAACUCUAUCCCCCCACAAAUGCUCCGUUUUGAACGUCUCUUCAUGCUCCUUAGCUUCAUUCUCGACCCCUUUGGAACCCGAUAUAGUGCAUCUCUUGAAGAUAUUCUUGUUUACUGGAUCCAGCUUUGCUCCUGUGGCUACUGGGAGCGUCUCGGUUCCGCCCUUACCGCAUGCCCUAAAUUACGCUACGUUGAGCUUGGAUACUCAGACUCGGCUUUUCGUCGUGAGCGGGAACUUGUGGCUGUUACGCGCUCUGAUAUCCGUCCACUUGACUGCCCACGGUUCCAUCAUUUUGUGGCCACACACCCUAGUUUACGCCAGCUUGUUUUGGUCAACUGUGCAACGCACCAUGUGCACUCAAUUUCCCAAGAACAUGAGGCUAAUGCGUACUCAUUUGGAAAGUACAUGAAGAAAGGUUCACGCUGGGCAAAUAAUCAAGUGGACCUAAUUACCGUGGUCGACACUGAGGCAGCACGCAAAAAGUACGAGCCUAGACUGCAGGCAGACGAAAGGCUCGACUGUUAUAUUGUUCCAGAUAAGUGGAAGGAGUACAAGGCAAGCAAAGGUCAUACACCGGAGAUUUUUUCAGAAGGACUGGAUUCGGAUGAUGCAUUUCUAGGAUGGAAGUGA